AUGAUACACAAAAACAGUGCACGUCGGGCCCUACCUCAGUUAUCAACCCGCGACAGUUUAUUUCCCACUGAUGUAGACAAGGAUGUGCUGAGAUCACUUAACUGGACGCUGCGCCAAGAAUAUGAGAAACAACAAGAUGUUUUUAAGUUUUUGUCCAAGCCACCUACCAACAAGCAUGACUACAAAUACAUCCACAAUCCAAGGGACGCUUGUCUGAACAGAAAAAUUGAUGUGGUGUUCGCUGUGGUGUCUUCACCCGAAAACUUCGACAACAGACUCCGAACAAGACAGGGGCUGAAAGGGACAUAUGCUUACACUCCCAAUAACAAUGCGACUUUAUUAUUCUUUGUUGGAAGAUCAAACCACCACAACAAGUCCCGAAAAUUUCAAGUAGGAAUAAACAUGGAAAUGAAACGAUUUGGUGACAUAAUACAGGAGGAUUUUAUAGACGACUACAAAAACUUCACACUCAAAUCCGUAUCUGUGCUAAAGUGGGUCAAUGUUUAUUGUUCCCGCGCCAAAUUUGUAGUAAAAUCAGACGACAAUGCUGGUAUUAAGCCUGCAGCUGCAGUAGAGGCGUUAACGAGGUACAGACAACGAUUCGGAAACUUCAUUCUAGGUCGGUGGAACACAAAGAACAUUGUACAGAGGAAAGCAGAGGCCAAAAAUUAUGUAUCCUUUAAAGAAUAUCCACACCGAACAUUCCCGCCACACGUUUUGGGACGGGCUAUGGGUUUCCCGGUCAGUACAGCUAAACUACUGUACCAAGCGUCUCUUAGAGCCCGUCCACUCUGGAUAGAUGAUGUUUUCAUCAGCGGAAUAUGUGCGCCAUUAGUUAAUGUUCCCGUCAUGGCAGAUCUGGCUUUUGACUUCAAAUUUAAUAUUUGGUAA